GCUAGACAAUUUCAUGUUUCCAAAGAGGGGUGGGAGAGAGAGAGAAAAGGGACAGCCCUCCAACAAUGAUAAUCAAGCUUUAAAUGCGAGUUGGUUGAUUUAACUCACUUUUCAUCUCUUUACCACUAAGCAUCCAUAAGAUUUCCUCUUCUUCUACUUCUUUUUUCUUUCUCGUAGAUAUAAGUUUUUCCUUGGUUCUCAAAUCCCUCGAGUUGUAGAUCAUAACAACCUCUAUUUGGGGAUUUCAUUGAAAGAAAGUGAAAAAGGAAUGGAAUUUCACGAAUACCCAUCUCGUUUACCUCGCUCCUCGCCUUCUUUGUUUGGAGAUUUCAUUGAAAAGCUUAAAGAUUUUUGCUGUUUCGCCCUUUCUGCCAUCAUUGGGAACGUUUUCUCUGCAAUCUUAACCUUCUUCUUUGCAUUAGUGGGCACCCUGUUAGGGGCCAUGACUGGGGCGUUGAUAGGACAAGAGACGGAGAGCGGAUUCCUCCGAGGUGCUGCGGUUGGGGCUAUUUCUGGAGCGGUUUUUUCUAUCGAAGUUUUUGAAUCUUCUCUUGUUCUUUGGCAAUCUGAUGAAUCCGGAAUUGGAUGUUUGCUUUAUUUGAUUGAUGUCAUUGCAAGCCUUCUGAGCGGGAGACUUGUUCGGGAACGAAUUGGUCCCGCGAUGCUGAGUGCCGUCCAGAGUCAGAUGGGAGCUACUGAAAUAGCUUUUGUUGAGGUCCAGAACAUCUUCGACACGGGCGAUGUUAAAGGAUUGGCAGGAGAUUUGGUUGAAAAAAUCCCAAAGAUCAUAAUCACAAAAAACAACAUUGUUGAUGCUUCUGGGGAGAAAGUUUCCUGUUCAGUUUGCCUUCAGGACUUUCAGCUCAGAGAAACGGUUAGAAGCUUGCCGGAGUGCCAUCACAUGUUCCAUCUUCCUUGCAUAGAUAAGUGGCUUCUUAAUCAUGCUUCUUGUCCAUUAUGCAGAAGGGAUCUGUAAUGAUAUUUUUGUAAACUAUACAAUUAGAUGAGAUGUUUAUGUUUUUAUUUAUACUGCUGUUACUUGAGUGGGCUGCUGCUUGUAUUUAUUCAUCAAA